UCGACGCUGGCCAAGAUCUGCCGCAGCAGCACAACAACAUGUUGUCGCCUUACCUGUUGCUCACCUGUUUCGUUGCAUUUCUGUCCGUUGGAAGUGAAACGUACCGGCAACCGUUGCAUCUCGCAGAUGCAGAUGCGUUUGCCGAAUAUCACGCACAAGGAGAAGACGGUCCGACCGGUCCACCACCGGUCCAUUCAACGCCCGAGGAAGCCCACGAGUUGGCCGACGACGACGGACCCAUUGGACCGCCGAUUCAUUCAGAAGCCGACGAUCUAGUUGUUCCACCUCAAGGGCCAGCUCACCAUCACGAAGCGUCUCGCAAACAAUCUCGAUUCAACAAUCCUUGGUACAGGGCUGGCCGCUACAUUGGCGAAAAGCUGAGAUUCUUCCAAUCCUAUUUCCCACUGACCGGACCACCAGGUCCAACUGGACCAACUGGCCCUGCCGGACCCACGGGACCCACAGGUCCUACUGGAGCAACAGGGCCAACAGGCGUGACAGGACCCACGGGUCCUACAGGUCCCACAGGCCCGUCAGGCAAUGACGGCAUCCCAGGUAUCCCUGGAUCUCCAGGCGCGGCCGGAGCAGCCGGUGCCGCCGGCGUGCCAGGAUCCGACGGUACCCCCGGUGUUCCAGGUGUACCCGGCGCGGCUGGCGCUGCCGGUGCAGCCGGUGGAUCUUCAUCGUCCUCUGCUGGAGGUGGAGGAGGUGGCGGCGGUGGAGGUGCUAAUGCCGCAGCCGACGCAGCAGCUUCGACAUCUUCCGGCUCUUCAGCUUCGUCUUCCUCGUCUUCCUCCUCCUCUUCGUCGUCGUCGUCUGCUGCUGCCGCUGACGCUGCCGCCUCUGCCUCGGCCCAAGCCACCGCAACGGCUUUCGACAUUGUCGAAUUGGCCAGGACGAUCGUCGACGAAGCGUCCGAUGUGAACGCCGUUGCUUUGGCUACUCGCAUCAUCGACUUGGCUACGAGCAUCAUCGACGAUCCGGAAGAUUUGUCGGCCACGUCUGCCACGGCCACUCACAUCAUUCAGCUGGCGGGCACCAUCGUUUCAGACUCGACCGAUCCGAUCGCCACGACCAAUGCGGCCGACAUCAUCCAGCUGGCGGCCGACAUCCAUCUGGUCGUCAACGACGCCCUCGCUCUGAUUGCCAAAGCCGAAGCCGAGGAUAAAGAUCCCAAUCAUUCGGAAGACAGCGACAAAGAUUCUUCCGAUUCCGGAGCCAAACCGGGAGCUGGGGGUAAGCCGGGAGCUGGGGGUAAACCGGGAGAAGGUGGACGACCAGGAGCGCCGGGUUUGCCAGGCUCAUCCGCCGGCCCGUCGGCCCCGAGCUCUUCAUCGGCGCCAGCAAAGAGACCAGCGGCUCCUGCGAAACGUCCGACGGCGUCAAAGAAACCGAGUUCGUUCAACAAGAGGCCGAUCCCGGCGAAAAAACCGGCGCCAUCUAUUCGCCCAGCGCCUCUAAGUCAUUCGGCUCCUCUAAGUCCACCUGCUCCUUUAGGUCGGCCCGGUCCGCCUGGUCCACCUCUCGUUAAUUUCCUCUAACGUCUUUCUUUGUUUCGUUAAGUUUGGCACUCUGGAAAUGAAACUAAAAACAGUGGCGUUAAUUGUACCGAAAAAUGCAUAAUUAAUUAUUGUAGCAAAUGUGGAUGUGUUGAUUUCAAGGUAUAAAAAUAUCUCAUUGGCUCGUAAAGAUUCAUCUGCGAAAUCAAAGUUCGAUCGUUUCAAUGCGGCAAUUCUUCAAUUCUCUAUACGCAUCGAUGAUGUUGGACAUGCAGCACCGCAACGAUUGCAUUAUAUUAUAAUCUAUACGCCCUGUUUUGUUACGUCUGGUGAACUAGUACAUUUCGAAAAGGAAAAAGAAA